AGCUGGGGUUUGUUUUGAACCCGGCUGGAGAGGAGAGCAGGAUUUAACUGACUGGUUGUUUUUACAGUCAUUGGCUGUUUCUGAAGACUCCAGCACUGUAGGAGGCAGCAGAGGUACAAAGAGCAGGAAUGAGAAGACGAUGAAAGAAAAAGAAGAGAAAAAAGACGACGAAGGGAGUUGACACUUGUUUUGUUUUUUGGUUUACAUUCUUUCCUGCAGUUACGUAAGUCUGGGAGAGCAGGUCUGACUCCCCCAGCUGACCAUAGCAGUGGGGCGUAGCUCACAGGAACAGUACUGGACUUCAGACACCCGUUAGUUCAAAGGUCAGAAAGAAGCUGCCGAGCUGCCAUUCUGCCCCAGCAGUGCGAGAUAAGAGAGAUAUUUAGUCAAUGAAGAAGAGGAGACGGAGGAUGGGUCAGUCAGCGAGUAGUGCAGAUGGACAAGAUUGUCCAGGUCUGCCUGUUGCUGUUAUCGAGGAGAUCAUUCUGAACCUCCCUGCUGACCAGGCUCUGCGUGUUUGCCGCCUGGUGUGUCGCGAGUGGAAGGCGGUGGUGGACAGCGCUUCAUUCUGGAGAGAGAAGUGCCGCAGAGAAGGGCUGAAACCCCGCACCGUUGACAGAAGCGCCAGAGACUGGCAGCUCUUCUACUGGCUGUGUAAAAAACGAAAGAACCUUCUGAAGAACCCCAAAGCCGAAGAGAAUUAUAGAGGCUGGGACAUCAUAGAAAGUGGAGGGGACAAGUGGAAUAUAGAAGGAAUGUUUGUGCCUCAUCCGGAUGAAACAGUAACAAAAUGCUUUGUUACCUCUUACUUCCCAUGUAUGAAGAGGCAGCUGAUCAACUUGCAACAAGAGGGAUACAGUCCUGCGCUCCUUGAUAAAAUGCAGCCUGACAUCAUCAUAUCAGAUUGGUAUGCUCCGAGGUGGGACUGUGGUAGUGAAUAUGAGAUCUGUGUAGAGUUGCUCAAUCACAAGAAGAAGGCGAUUCAAACCUUCCAACCUGAGCCCGUCACCUUUCCACAGUGGAAUGAUCAGCAGUGGAACCAGGUGACUCAUGUCUUCAGUGACUAUGGACCAGGAGUUCGAUAUGUCCAGUUCACUCACGGCGGGAAAGACACACAGUUCUGGGCUGGCUGGUAUGGAAUCCGGGUCACUAACAGCAGUGUGGAAAUCUACCCAGCAGAAGAAGCUUAGUGUGUGCUCUCGCUUCUUUAUUCAGCAAAUGAAUAGUAAAUUCCUUCCCAUAGAUGUUUGUGCCUUCAUGCAGCCAGCCUCACUUUACUAUACUGUUGAUAGAGGAAGCCAAAAUAUGACUUCAAAUAAUAAUAAUUCUUGUUAUUUCUGUAUUGUUGUUUUUUAUAUAUAUAUAUAUAUAUAUAUAUAUAUAUAUAUAUAUAUAUAUAUAUAUAAAUGUACCCACACGUACACAAGAGAUAAUGUAUCUGCUAUCUACAGGAGUGGAAAAAUAAUACUGUGUAUAUAUGUAUGUGUGUGUGUGUGUGUGUGUAUAUAUAUAUAUAUAUAUCUGCUCCAUUGUUUGUGUUCUUAUUUAUGUAUGUAUUGCAUAUAUGAAUAUAUAUUACAUUGAAAUUUGUUUAACAAUUCAA